UCCCGGAUCUCUUCAAUUUCCCCUCUCACUCGUGCCCUGGGAGUGGAGGCAGCAGCGGCUCCGGCUCCAGCUCCAGCCCCUGCAGCCACCGCCGCCCUGACCACCAGAGCGCAAACCGCGGGGACUCCGGGCAGCCGGGCCCCGGCCCCGCAGCAGCCGCCCCGCUGCCAAAACAAACGGCCCUUCGCUAUUUAUUGGAGGCGGCCGGGCAGGAGAGCUCAGAGCAGGCGGCCAGCCCUCGGCGCCGGCCAGCAGCAGCGGGGCGCACGGCAGCACCUGCCCGGCACACGGCCACCUUUACGCACUGGAUGGCGACCCCCCUGGGGCACGGCGAACACCCCGGCCGAGCCUGAGGGGCUCCCGGGCUGAGGACGCCCCUGUCGCCCGCCUCCCCGCCCCGGCGGAGCAGCCCAGCGUCCCCGCUGCCACCGGGCUCCCCUGCCAUGAAGCUGGCCCGGCUCCUGCUGCUGCUGAGCGGGUGCGCGCUGCUGCUGGCCCCGGCAGUGCGGGGCUGCGGGCCGGGCCGGGUGGUGGGCAGCCGCCGGCGGCCCCCCAGGAAGCUCAUCCCGCUGGCUUACAAGCAGUUCAGCCCCAACGUGCCCGAGAAAACCCUGGGCGCCAGCGGCAGGUACGAGGGCAAGAUCGCCCGGAACUCGGAGCGCUUUAAGGAGCUGACCCCCAACUACAACCCCGACAUCAUCUUCAAGGACGAGGAGAACACGGGAGCCGAUCGCCUCAUGACCCAGCGCUGCAAGGACCGCCUGAACUCCCUGGCCAUCUCCGUGAUGAACCAGUGGCCGGGCGUGAAGCUGCGGGUGACGGAGGGCUGGGACGAGGACGGGCACCACUCGGAGGAGUCGCUGCACUACGAGGGCCGAGCCGUGGACAUCACCACCUCCGACCGGGACCGCAACAAGUACGGCCUGCUGGCACGCCUGGCUGUGGAGGCCGGCUUCGACUGGGUCUACUACGAGUCCAAGGCCCACGUCCACGGCUCCGUCAAGUCCGAGCAUUCGGCGGCAGCGAAGACGGGCGGCUGCUUCCCUGCCCGGGCCCUGGCGACGCUGGAGGGUGGGGCGAGGACCCCUCUGUGGGCGCUGCGCCCGGGGCAGCGGGUGCUGGCUAUGGACGAGCAGGGCCGGGCCACCUACAGCGACUUCCUGGCCUUCCUGGACAAGGAGGCGUCGGCGCCGACCACUUUCCACGUGAUCGAGACCCGGGAGCCGCCACGUCGCCUGGCCCUGACCCCUGCCCACCUGCUCUUCGUGGCCGAGAACUCCACGGCGCCCGCUGCCCGCUUCCAGGCCACCUUCGCCAGCCAUGUGCGGCCCGGACACUACGUGCUGGUGGCAGCGGUGGGGACGAGCCUGCGGCCGGCCAGGGUGGUGGAUGUCUCCACCCAGACAGACUUCGGGGCCUACGCCCCCCUCACCCGCCACGGGACCCUGGUGGUGGACGACGUGGUGGCCUCCUGCUUCGCCCUGGUGCAGGAGCAGUGGCUGGCGCAGCUGGCGUUCUGGCCGCUCCGGCUCUACCACAGCCUGGCGGGCGGGCACAGGACCCAGCCGGAGGGCGUGCACUGGUACUCGGGGCUGCUGUACCGCCUGGGCCGGCUGCUGCUGGCCCCCGAGAGCUUCCACCCGCUGGGGACGGCCCAGUUCGAGAGCUGAGGGCUGCCGGGGAGAGGAGGGGUGGCCGUUGGGCCGCUCUGCCUGGGAAGAGGAGCCAGCCACGCUCUGAAUGCCGCCUGCCCUAGGAAGUGGGGCCGCUGGGCCUGGGCAGGGCCCGGCCAGAGUGGGCCCGGAUCCCGUGUGCCAGCGUGGCUGGGCGGCACCACACAGACCCUGGCGGAGCCGCCGGCCUGGGGCUGGGGGACCCGGCUUGCGUCCCCAGCUGCUCUGGGAGGCCUGGACGCCCGUCUGCCCCCCUCUGCUGCUGGCACCAGGGCUGCCCCAGCUCCCUGCCAGCCUGGGCUCUGCCAAGUGGCCCAGGGCCGGGGGGCUGCAGGAGGGGCGCCCCAGCUGGAUCUACAUGCUGCUAUUUUUGUGCGUGAUUCGCUAAUGACCAAGUUCCGGGGAAGGAGGGGCCAGGCGGGAGCCCCCCAUGCCGGGGUGAGGGGUGGGGACUGUGCCUAGCACGGGGGGGCAGGGCACGGCGUAUCGGGGCCCCCAUCCCUCCCCUGACGCUGCCAGCGCUGGCCUCAGCCUGCAGCAGGGCGGGAGGGCGGCAGAGGAGAGAUCUGAGCUGCCCGACGCACCCUGAGUGCCAGAGCGGCUCCGUGCCCAGCCAGGCCGCCAGCAGACACCCCCGGCCGGCAGGGCAGCCCCAUACGCCAGGUGGAAGCAGAGUGCCCCCAGGGACGGGCCAGCCCUGCGGCUGGGGGGGAGCUGGGC